AAAACUUAAGACAAUGUAAAAAAGGAAAUAUUUAUUUUUCUUAGCAUGUGGUGACAGGUAUAGCAACAUUGAAUUCAACUGUCAUAUUGUCAGUUAUUGACUUGUCAAUUUAUUUUUCUUUUCCGGUUUACCUGUGGGGAUCUAGAGACGUCUGCCACAGGCUUUCCAAGAUGGGUGCCUACAGAUAUAUACAAGAACUGUACAGAAAAAAGUUAAGCGAUGUAAUGCGUUUCCUCUUGCGUGUCAGAGUAUGGCAGUAUCGCCAGUUGACUCGCAUGCAUCGUGCUCCUAGGCCUACCAGGCCCGACAAGGCGAGGCGACUGGGAUACCGUGCUAAGCAAGGAUACGUGAUCUUUAGAAUCCGUGUACGCCGUGGUGGCCGCAAGCGUCCAGUUCCCAAGGGCGCCACUUAUGGCAAACCAAAAAGUCAUGGUGUCAACCAGCUGAAACCCACUCGCAAUUUGCAAUCUAUUGCCGAAGAACGUGUUGGACGUCGUUGUGGUGGUCUGCGUGUCCUUAACUCAUAUUGGGUUGCACAGGACUCUUCAUACAAAUACUUUGAAGUUAUAUUGGUUGAUCCAUCACACAAGGCUAUACGCCGCGACCCUAAGAUCAACUGGAUAGUGAACGCUGUUCACAAACAUCGUGAGAUGCGUGGCCUUACAUCAGCCGGUCGCAGUUCCCGUGGUCUGGGCAAGGGUCAUCGUUAUUCGCAGACCAAGGGUGGUUCCCGCCGCGCUGCUUGGAUACGCCGCAACACGCUUCAAUUGCGUCGCAAGCGAUAAAUUUAAAAUUCAUAAAGUCAUUGACUUUCUGUUUGUUUUUAUAUUACAUAUUAUCAAAAAGAAAGCCAGUGGCUUUCAAUAAAAUUAACUUUAUAAA